AGGCACUGAUCAGAGGGCCUGAGUGGGAGCGUGGGCGGCCAGGAGCGGGGCAGAGCUGUGGGGAGCAGAGGAUGGGAGAGAGACACAGACACAGAGACAGAGAGAAAAAGAGAGAAAGAAAUGGAGAGAGAGAGACUCGAAGGCCUAGCGAAAAAAGGGAAGCAGGGAGAUGGAGAGAGAGAGAGACGGGGUCGGGUGGAAAGGAGGAGGAAAGGGGGGAGAGAGAGAGAGAGAGACAGGGACCUGGGGCGGCCGGGAGGGGGACAGGCGGAGAAGACCCGAGCGCGCGACGUGGAGAGAGGAAGGCAGGAGGGGUGGGGACCGAGGCAGACCAGACGCUGCGAGACUCCCAUACAAAAAACCUCCUCCGAGAGCGGCCGCAGCCCCCGGGAGUGGGGAGGGCGACGGGAGGGGAGGGGCUCCGGGCGCUCCCGCCCCGCCCCUCCAGCGGCCGAGGCGCCGGCGGACAGUGGGUUAAGCAUCUCCGCUGUGGAACUUCCGGAUGUGACCACAGAUAGAGGGAGAGACCGGGAGAGGGGGAGAGGGGGAGAGAGGGAGAGACGGAGCCGCCAGCAUCCCUCCGGCCCGCCAACGCCGGGACCCCGCACCGCGCUGGGAGCCGCCGCGCGCCGCCCGCCCCCCGGGCCGGGCCCCCUCGCGCCCCCCUCUCCCCCGCCUCUCGGUCUGUGGAUCUCGGGCUGGUUCCAUCCUCCCAGGACCCGGGGGAGGGACUGGGGGCCCCGGGGAGGGGGCCUCGGGCGGCCCUGCCCCGCCUUCUCGCCCCUGCCCUCGCUGGCAGGAGCCCCUAGCUGUGACCCCCGCGGGGGCAGGAGGCUGGGGGUCCAUGCUCGGAGCCUUCGUACGGCCCGGCGCCUGCCGCUGACGGCGGUGGGGGUGGGGGGGCCGGGCACCCAGCCUCCUGCCCCACCCCCUGGCGUCGGCCCCUCGGGCCAUCUGGGGCCGCUGUCCCUGGCUGCGCCCUCCCCGCCGGCCAGGCCCUGGAGGGACCCGGGAGCUGCCGCCGGCAUCAGCCCAUGGCCCGGAGGAGGGUUAGGCGUGGGGACAGUGCUGGGAGAGGUGGGUCUCACCAGGCAGGGCCAAGGGAUUCUCUUCCGCUGUCCUGGGGUUGGAGAGACAGGCGAAGAGUACGAUGAGCUGCCCCACUACCCCGGCAUCGUGGACAGCACUGCAGCCCUGGCUGGCUUCUCGGAGGCAGUGCCCUCGGCACCGAGAGCCCCCGGGCCCUACGGCCCCCACCGGCCUCCCCAGCCCCCGCCCCUGGGCUUGGAUAGUGAUGGCCUGAGGAGGGAGAAGGAUGAGAUCUACGGACACCCGCUCUUCCCGCUGCUGGCCCUGGUCUUUGAGAAAUGUGAAUUGGCCACGUCUUCUCCCCGUGAUGGGGCUGGGACUGGGCUGGGCACACCCCCGGGCAGUGAUGUAUGCUCCUCCGAUUCCUUCAAUGAGGACAUCGCAGCCUUUGCCAAGCAGGUCCGCUCCGAGAGGCCUCUCUUCUCCUCCAACCCGGAGCUGGACAAUCUGAUGAUACAAGCCAUUCAAGUGCUCCGUUUCCACCUGCUGGAGCUGGAGAAGGUCCACGACCUGUGCGACAACUUCUGUCACCGCUACAUCACCUGCCUCAAGGGAAAGAUGCCCAUCGACCUGGUCAUCGAGGAUCGGGACGGCGGCUGCAGGGAGGAUCUCGACGACUACCCGGCCUCCUGCCCGAGCCUCCCAGAUCAGAAUACUACAUGGAUUAGAGACCAAGAAGACAGCGGGUCUGUAUAUUUGGGGACCCCGGGUCCAUCCAGCGGGGGCCUGGCCUCCCAGAGUGGUGACAACUCCAGUGACCAAGGAGAUGGACUAGACACAAAUGUGGCCUCUCCCAGUUCUGGGGGAGAGGACGAAGAGCUGGACCACGAGCGCCGGCAGAACAAGAAGAGAGGGAUCUUCCCCAAGGUGGCCACCAACAUCAUGAGAGCCUGGUUGUUCCAGCACCUCUCGCACCCGUACCCCUCAGAGGAGCAGAAGAAGCAGCUGUCCCAGGACACGGGGCUCACCAUCCUACAAGUCAACAACUGGUUCAUUAAUGCCCGGAGACGCAUCGUGCAACCAAUGAUCGAUCAAUCCAACCGCACAGGGCAGGGCGCAGCCUUCAGCCCAGAGGGCCAGCCCAUGGGGGCCUACACGGAGACUCAGCCACAAGUGACUGUCAGGCCCCCAGGAUCAAUGGGGAUGAGUUUGAACUUAGAAGGAGAGUGGCAUUAUUUAUAGAGGCUGGAGUCAGGAGAGAUACCCCAACCUCUGGACUGUGACUGCCAGGUUCAUACCUGCUUCUGGUCGACGUCUGGCCCUCUGGCUUCAGGACCCCACCUCCUAUGGCCCCCCCCAACUCAAUGCCUACCUCCCUGGGGCCCUGCCGGGACAUGAGGGGCCUGAGCACCCACUCGAGGGUCUCUCAAGGACAAAGACAAGGCCUCCAGGCCCUGUGCCCCACUUCUGCCCUCACCUCUGCCUGGAACCUGAGCUGAGAUCCUGGGCCUGGGAGUUCAGAAGAUGGCGGCUGGGUACCCCCCACCCCUAGGACAGAGAAGAGAUUGGGGGUGGGCUGGGGCCAUCAGGGAAGGAGGGUCACCCAGAUCCGACAUUUAGAGAGGUUCCCUUCAUCCUCCCAGCCCACCCUCUUUCCCCCUCCCCCACUCCCCUCUUGUGUUGUCUUCUACCUUUUUUUUUUAAGCAUAAAGUCUUAAAAACAAAAGGCCACCAAUCUGAGUUCGUGGGUCUCUUCCAUGAUUCAAAUUCUCAUCAGUUUGAAGCUCAUGAAUCACUAAUUGUAAUAAUAAUUGAUGCUUUUUAUCCUGCUCUCUCCUCAGGCCCUCUGUAUGUAUCGGUUAGCUAUUGCUGUGUAACAAACCAUACCAAAGCUUCAUGGUUCAAAAGGCCAAUUAAUUUUUAGCACGUUAAUCUACAGGUUGAUGUAGUAGGCUGAGCUGGGCAGUUCUUGUGGCUUCAAAAGGGCUCUCUUGUGUAUCUGUGGCCAGCCACAGGUCAGCAAGGGGGCUCUGCUGGCAGGCAGUGGGGACAACAGGAGUGACUGGGCUACAUGGUAACAUACCCCAGCAGGCUGACCUUGUUUGUGGAAAAUGACCAGCUCAGUCCCCCUUCGGGGUGUCUGUCCUGGCUGUUCCCUUUGCCUGGGACACCUUCCUGGCUCAGAGGUUACCUCUGCAAAGACAGGAACAGCCAAACCAAAGCACCCCGCUCUGUCCACCA